AUGUUGAGGGCUGAUUGUUAUGGUGGCACCCAUGAUAUUUUCGAGACAGAGAUUCUCUCAAAGAUCUGUGCAGUAGCUAGGCAGAGCUCUCACGAAGGGCGCGCUCAUGUGUCGCAUCUCCUCGACAAGUUCAAGCAUAAGGGACCCAAUGGCGAACAUGUUUGCCUCGUGUUCGACGUACUAGGACACCAUCUGGGUUUCCAAACGGCUAAAUACGAGGACGGAAGAUUACCUGUAAAAACCGUGAAGUUAAUUGCAAAACAGCUACUGCUAGGACCUGAUUUCCUUCACAGAGAGUGCGGUAUUAUUCAUACUGACCUAAAACCAACAAAUGUACUCUUGGAGUUGGAAAGCCCGGAAAAUGCCAUUUCCCAAUACCUGUCGGUAGUUCCCCCGCGGAGGGCCGGUCCCCAACGUGGUGCUCCGCUUCGUGAGGUUAUCACGACACCACCAAUCUCCGAAAUAAAGCAUCCUCCUGUCAGAAUUAUUGAUUUUGGCGUCGCAUCUUGGAGAAAAAAUCAUCUGUCAAACCUGAUCCAGUCACCGGCAUUAAGGGCACCAGAAGUAACCAUCGGCGCCCCCUGGGAUACUGGUGUCGAUAUAUGGAGUCUCGGAUGUCUUAUUGUGGAGAUUAUCCAAGGAGUAGCUCUGUUCUCCGGCGAGGGUCCAGCAAAGGGGACAUGGACGGCUGAAGAUGACCAUUUGGCAAGAACUGUCGAGAUUCUCGGCCCCUUCCCACUUCCUUUCAUUAGACAGGGAAGUCGCGCAGCACACUUUUUUGAUAUGCAAGGAAACCUUGUGCGAAUCCCGAACUUGAAAUCUACGAGCCUUGGACGCUUGCUAAACGGCACAUCGAAGCCGUUUCUCAAGCCCGAGGAAAUGCCCGAUCAUGAAGUCGAUAUAUUUAUUGACUUCAUUAAGGGCAUGUUAACAAUCGAUCCGGGGUCUCGAAAGUCUGCGGUAGAACUGCUGCAACAUGAGUGGAUUCAUCCCCGAUGA